CAACAGCAGGGGAAGAAGCGCACGGCGUGGCGCAACGACUCGCUCCCCGGCGAGACGAGGCGAGGGAAUAGCAGAGGCGGGCGCCCGCAGCCCGGGCCGGGCCAUCCCAUUCCCACCCCUCUCUUCUCCACCACCUACUCUCCCCUCUUCUCUCUCUAGGUAGGAUCGCCGACAGCCAACCACGCGCGCGCGCGCGCGCGCCCGUCCCCCCGCGCUUUCCACUGCGCGCGCACAAAUACUGCCGGGAGAGGAACAGGAGGAGGAGGAGGAGCGCUGCAGUGCCGGCCUGACGGCCUGUCUCUUCCCUGCUGCUGCUGCUGCCGGUGGCUCCGUUCUCGGCCUCCCCCCGGCCAUGUCCUCCAUGGAUGAGGGCUACGGCCCUACUUGGGACAGCGACGACGAAUACGACAACUUCAUACGCAAGAUGAACCCGCCGAGGAUUGUGAUAGAUAACGAGUCCUCAGCAGAGGCCACAAUUGUCAGGGUGGAUAGCGCAAAUGAAUAUGGGAUAUUGCUAGAAGUGAUCCAAGUUAUGAUUGAUCUCAACCUUGUCAUAGGCAAGGCAUAUAUUACCUCUGAUGGUGGAUGGUUCAUGGAUGUCUUCAAUGUGACCGAUAAGGAAGGGAAGAAGAUCAAAGAUGAGGAAACCCUGGUGCAGAUUGAAGACUACAUCAUAAAGUCCUUGGGCGCCGAUUCAAGAUACAUACCUUCAAGACGGAGAUCAGUAGGCGUUGCUGCCGCAGCUGACCACAAUGUCAUUGAGUUGAUGGGGACGGACCGGCCAGGCCUUCUCUCAGAAGUCAGCGCGGUGCUUGCCAGCCUCAAGUGCAAUGUGGUCAGCGCCGAGAUCUGGACUCACAAGACCAGAGCUGCAGCCGUGAUGCGGGUCACUGACGAGGACACCGGGCUGGCUGUCACAGAUGCCGAGAGGCUGGAGAGGAUCAGGGAGAGGCUUUCAUACCUGCUCCGGGGAGGCGACCUCUCCAGGGGAGCCGCCAUGGCGGUGUCAUCCGGGACUGCCACCACGCACACCGAGAGGAGGCUGCACCAGAUGAUGCUUGACGACGGCGACUAUGAGCAGCUCCAGCGGCAGGCUCCAGAGCAGUCUCAGAGGCCUAAUGUCACCGUGAGGAACUGGAACGACAAGGACUACUCGGUGGUGACCAUCCGGUGUAAGGACAGGUCCAAGCUUCUGUUUGACACGGUUUGCACUCUGACAGACCUGCAAUAUGUUGUUUUCCAUGCAAACAUUGAUGCCAAGGAUAAUCAAGCUUACCAGGAAUUCUAUGUAAGGCAUGUGAAUGGAUCACCGAUGAACACUGAAACUGAGAGAUUGCGAGUCAUCCAGUGCCUUGAAGCAGCUAUUGAACGGAGGGUAUCCGAGGGUGUCAAGCUUGAGCUGUGUACUACUGACAAGGUCGGCCUGCUAUCUGAGGUCACCCGCAUCUUCCGUGAGAACAGCCUGACUGUUACUAGAGCAGAGGUGACCACAAGAGGCAGGAUGGCUGUCAACGCGUUCUACGUCCGCGGUUCUGCAGGCGAGGCGGUCGAUCAGAAGACAAUAGACUCCAUCAGGCAAGCCAUCGGGCAGAACCUCCAGGUGAAAGGCCAGCCUGAGCCACCGGAGCCACAGAAGAACGAGUCCCCCACAUGGUUCCUCUUCGCCAACUUGUUCCGGCCGAGGUCUCUCUACAGCUUUGGUUUGUUCAUGCGCUGAUCAUAUCGCCGCGUCCUGAAAACCACCAUGUAAAUUCAUUAGCCAUGAAGCAAAGUUCAGGAAAACCGGGGGAUCAGAAAGAACAAGCGUUCUCUCAUCAGCUCUAGUAGUGCAGGAUAUAUUGGGGUCUAGAUAGCAUAUGGGGAUGUUCAUUCAUAUAUCAUGGUUCUCUGUAAAUAUAGUCAGUUUCGCCAUCCUCGUGUUGUACAUACAUUUAGAAUGUAGAUAAAGGAUGUAAAUAUAAGCUGUACAGUACAGAAUAUGAUUGAAUCCCAGAUGGUUACCACCUCAGAAAGCCA